AUGAAGUGCUGUCACCUACUUCUUCUGUCACUGUUUGCUUGUGUAGCAAGAGGAGUGAGUCAGUGCAGUAGCAGUGAAUCAAACACCCCUGUCACUGUGGAGUGGUAUUGUGGAGAACAUGUCAAACCCACCAAUGUUAGCUGUAGCUCAUUGACUGAUGCUCUGGCUUUCUCGGCCAACACGACCGCCACCUGCCCCCUGCCGACCAUUUCAAUACAUCUGAACUCUGAAAAAGUGAAACUGGAGGCCAGAAGCUCGCAACAGUCACACCUCAUCACAAACAUGAGUCAUUUUGGACUCAUUGGAGUCUCUAACUCUAGCACAGAAGUUGUGUGUACCGACAGAGUGGCAAUAAGGUUUGAAGGACAAGGAAUGAGUGUAGAGAUUCGAAAUGUCUCCUUUCAGACAUGUGGUGAUACAACGGCUGCUCUCUUGUUUCAUGGUACACUAGACGUUUACCUGGACCACUUUGAAGUCAAAAACUCUACAGGUUGUGGUGUCUCAUUUCAAAAUGUCGUGGGAGAAGUAAGAGUCAGCAACUCUGUUUUUACUGACAAUAAUGUUCAUGACGGAUACGGUGCUGGUGUUCAGAUUCUGGUGGAACUUUCUCCAGAGCAAAAGUUUACAGCUAACUUCACUCGCUGCAACUUUACAAGAAACAGGAAUGUUGGGAUAAAGGGUAUAACUUGGGAGCAAAUAGACGGUGGCGGAAUGUUGAACCGUAUUGGCCUCAAGACAUUCAUGGACGCUUUUCAAGGAUGCUACAAGGACGGGAGGAAUGGGGGAGCAGAUCGAAGAUUCUUUGCGGGACUCUAUCUCAUAUUCAGAGUGAUGAUUUUCUUCAUUUUCAAUAUGGAGAUUGAUCACACCAUAACUUACUACUCCCUUGUCAUCUUCUGCAUAGUCAUCAUCUGCCUGCUUGCCUGGCUACAGCCUUACAAAGUAAACUUCUACAACAAACUCGACGUGUUUUUGAUAGCUCUUCUGGCUGCCUUCUUUGGACUACACAUUCUCGGAUUUUUCUAUCUGGAGACCACCCUUACCGUGCCCCAUCCCAUUGUCAUCAUUGGUGGCUGUCUCAGCCUCAUGCCACUGUUCUACCUGGUGGGAUUCGGUUGCAUAAAAAUACUGCGCAAGUGUUUCCACUUUGACCCAAUUAAGACACUAACACUCCGAAUACCAGAAAUGCUUUCGUUGCAACACACGGACAGAGAUAGGGCAGGGUCGAAGGUCCAAUCACCACGACAUAGUGUGACGUACUCUGAAGUUGAUACACGUCAGUUGGUUGAUUCCUGCUUGCUCCACGAGAGGCCACAAGACGCAGAGAACAAAGAUUUGCUCUCUAGAGGGCGUGAGUCGGGUUAUGGAAGCAUAAAAGAUACUCAUUGA